AUGGCCGACAGAAGGCGCAUAAAUGGCCCCAUCGGGGCCACAACACCGCCGGUGUACGAGGCUGUCCCCAAACGCCCUGCUGCGAAGCAACAGCCCGCCAUGCGAAAGAUAUUUCUCAAGACCGGCGUCACUCCUUCGGCAUCAGGCUCGGCGUACCUGGAGCUCGAGAACCCGAACCAGACGAGCCCGCAGAAGACGAGCCUAAAGCUAGCAUGUACCGUGCAUGGCCCGCGAGCGCUCCCACGAUCAGCACCCUUCUCCCCCCAUAUCAUUCUUACGACCCACGUCAAGUACGCGCCCUUCGCUACGAGGAAACGGCAUGGUUACCUUCGAGACUCGAGUGAGAGGGACCUGGGCGUACACCUGGAGACGGCCUUGCGAGGAGCAAUCAUAGCAGACCGGUGGCCCAAGAGCGGUGUCGACAUUAUUGUUACCAUCAUCGAGGGGGACCAGGAUCGCGAUGCGCCGCAUAACGAGGACGAUCAGGGCUGGGACAUGAUGAACGUGCUGAGUGGCUGUAUAACCGUGGCCUCGGCGGCAAUCGCGGACGCAGGCAUUGACUGCGUCGACACCGUAGCCGGAGGCGUUGCGGCCUUGGUCUCCAGGGACGACGCUGCACAGCCGGUCAUCGUCGUGGACCCGGUUGUAGCGGAGAAUCAAAAGAUACAUGCAGCCUGUUGUGUUGCGUACUUACCCACAAGGGACGAGGUUACGAAUGUCUGGUUCAAGGGGCAACUACCGGGGGCGGAUAUCCUCCUCUACAACAAGAUGGUAGAGAAGAGUCUGAUAGCCUGCCGCAGUGCGAAUCGGGUUGUCAUUCAGGGCCUCAACGAGACGGUUAAAAAUGUUCAGAAUACUACUUGA